AUGGCCCUGGGCCGGGCUCUGGCUGCGGCGCUGGCUCUGUCUUUUGCCGUGCUGUGGCCACUGUCCCCUGGGGCCCGGGCAGGGGACUGCAAGGGACAGCGACAAGUGCUGCGGGAGGCGCCAGGCUUCGUGACAGAUGGUGCGGGCAACUACAGCGUCAAUGGCAAUUGCGAGUGGCUCAUCGAGGCCCCGAGCUCCCGGUACCGGAUCCUGCUGGACUUCCUUUUCCUGGACACAGAAUGCACGUAUGACUACCUGUUCGUGUAUGAUGGUGACUCCCCCCGGGGGCCCCUGCUUGCCAGUCUGAGUGGGAGCACCCGGCCUCCGCCCAUUGAGGCUUCCUCAGGCAAGAUGCUGCUGCACCUCUUCAGCGAUGCCAACUACAACCUGCUGGGCUUCAACGCCUCAUUCCGCUUCUCCCUGUGCCCGGGGGGCUGCCACAGCCAUGGGCAGUGCCAGCCCUCAGGGGUGUGUGUCUGUGAGCCGGGCUGGGGGGGCCCUGACUGCAGCCUGCAGGAGUGCCCAGCCUACUGUGGCAGCCAUGGCACCUGCGCCUCGCCCCUGGGACCAUGCCGCUGUGAGCCUGGUUUCCUGGGACGCGCCUGUGACCUGCACCUGUGGGAGAACCAGGGGGCUGGCUGGUGGCACAAUGUGAGUGCCGGGGACCCCGCCUUCUCCGCCCGCAUCGGGGCGGCUGGUGCCUUCCUGUCCCCACCGGGGCUGCUGGCUGUUUUCGGAGGCCAGGACCUCAACAGCGCCCUGGGUGACCUCGUCCUGUACAACUUCUCUGCCAACACCUGGGAGCGCUGGGACCUGAGUCCUGCCCCGGCUGCCCGUCACUCCCACGUGGCUGUGGCUUGGGCCGGCUCCCUCGUGCUGAUGGGUGGUGAGUUGGCUGACGGCUCCCUCACCAGUGACGUUUGGGCCUUUAGUCCGCUGGGUGGUGGCCACUGGGAGCUUCUGGCACCAGCUGCUUCCAGUUCCUCAGGGCCGCCAGGCCUGGCAGGUCACGCAGCAGCCCUAGUGGACAGCGUCUGGCUCUAUGUGUCUGGUGGCCGCACCCAGCACGACCUCUUCUCCUCUGGCCUCUUCCGUUUCCGCCUCGACAGCACCAGUGGGGGCUAUUGGGAGCAGGUGAUUCCGGCAGGUGGGCGGCCCCCUGCCGCCACUGGCCAUUCCAUGGUGUUCCAUGCCCCGUCACGUGCCCUGCUGGUUCACGGUGGACACCGGCCCUCCACUGCCCGGUUCUCUGUGCGGGUGAACUCCACCGAGCUCUUCCAUGUGGAUCGGCGCGUGUGGACCACCCUGAAGGGCCGGGAUGGGCUUCAGGGCCCACGGGAGCGGGCCUUUCACACAGCCAGUGUCCUGGGCAACUACAUGGUGGUCUAUGGGGGCAACGUGCACACCCACUACCAGGAGGAAAAGUGCUAUGAAGAUGGCAUCUUCUUCUAUCACCUUGGCUGCCAUCAGUGGGUGUCCGGCGCCGAGCUUGCCCCUCCGGGAACUCCUGAGGUGUACUCACAUGUGGCGGCUGUGCUUGGUGGCAGCGUCCUGUUGGUGGCAGGGGGGUACAGUGGCCGGCCCCGUGGGGACUUGAUGGCCUACAAGGUGCCUCCCUUUGUGUUCCAGGCGCCUGCUCCAGACUACCACCUGGACUAUUGCUCCAUGUACACGGACCACAGCGUCUGCUCCCGAGACCCUGAAUGCAGUUGGUGUCAGGGAGCCUGCCAAGCUGCCCCGCCUCCUGGGACUCCCUCGGGGGCCUGUCCGGCUGCCAGCUGCCUGGGCCUGGGCCGCCUCCUGGGUGACUGCCAGGCCUGUCUGGCGUUCAGCAGCACCGCCGCUCCUCCCCGGGGGCCCGGCGCCCUGGGCUGGUGCGUACACAACGAGAGCUGCCUCCCUCGGCCUGAGCAGGCCCGCUGCCGAGGGGAGCAGAUCUCAGGCACCGUGGGCUGGUGGGGGCCCGUACCUGUCUUCGUUACCUCCCUGGAGGCCUGUGUCACCCAGAGCUUCCUGCCUGGCCUGCACCUGCUCACCUUCCAACAGCCGCCCAAUGCCUCCCAGCCUGACAAGGUCUUGAUUGUCCGCAGUACGACCAUCACCCUGACACCUAGCUCAGAGACCGACGUGUCAUUGGUCUACCGUGGCUUCAUCCACCCACUGCUGCCAGGAGGGCCUGGAGGGCCAGGGGCUGAGGACGUGGCCGUGUGGGCCCGGGCCCAGCGCCUGCACGUACUGGCCCGGAUGGCCCGUGGCCCUGACACAGAAAACAUGGAGGAGGUAGGGCGCUGGGUGGCUCAGCAGGAGAAGGAGACGAGGCGCCUGCAGCGUCCAGGGUCCGCUCGCCUCUUCCCGCUGCCUGGCCGGGGCCACAAGUACGCGGUAGAGAUCCAGGGCCAGCUCAACGGCUCAGCGGGCCCUGGACACAGCGAGCUCACCCUGCUGUGGGACCGGACUGGCGUGCCAGGUGGCAGCGAGAUCUCCUUCUUCUUCCUGGAGCCCUACCGCUCGUCGGCCUGCGCCUCCUACCCCUCCUGCCUGGGCUGCUUGGCAGACCAGGGCUGCGGCUGGUGCCUGGCCAGCGCGACCUGCCACCUGCGCCAGAGCGGGGCCCACUGCGGGGACCGCGGGGCCGACGGCUCCCUGCUGGUGCUGGUGCCUGCCCUCUGCCCACUCUGUGAGGAGCAUCGAGACUGCCACGCCUGCACCCAGGACCCCUUCUGCGAGUGGCAUCAGAGCACCAGCCGCAAGGGGGACGCAGCGUGCAGCCGGCGGGGCCGGGGUCGGGGUGCCCUGAAGAGCCUGCAAGAGUGUCCCCCACUCUGCAGCCAGCGCCUGACCUGUGACGACUGCCUGGCCAACUCGAGCCAGUGUGCCUGGUGCCAGUCCACCCACACCUGCUUCAUGUUCGCCGCCUACCUGGCCCGGUACCCGCACGGGGGCUGCCGAGGCUGGGAUGACAGCGUGCACUCAGAGCCGCGGUGCCGGAGCUGUGACCGCUUCCUGACCUGCCACGAGUGUCUGCAGAGCCACGAGUGUGGCUGGUGUGGCAAUGAGGACAACCCCACGCUGGGACGUUGCCUCCAGGGGGACUUCUCCGGGCCUCUGGGUGGGGGUAACUGCUCCCUGUGGGUCGGGGAGGGCCUGGGGCUGUCUGUGGCCCUCCCUGCCCGCUGGGCGUAUGCCCGCUGUCCGGAUGUGGAUGAGUGUCGCUUGGGCCUGGCGCGGUGCCACCUGCGGGCGACCUGCCUGAACACACCCCUCAGCUAUGAGUGUCACUGCCAGAGGGGCUACCAGGGUGAUGGCAUCACAUACUGCAACCGCACGUGCCUGGAGGACUGUGGCCAUGGCGUGUGCAGUGGCCCCCCAGACUUCACCUGCGUGUGUGACCUGGGCUGGACAUCGGACCUGCCCCCUCCCACGCCUGCCCCAGGACCCCCCGCCCCCCGCUGUUCCCGGGACUGUGGCUGCAACUUCCACAGCCACUGCCACAAGCGGGGGCCUGGCUUCUGCGAUGAGUGCCAGGACUGGACGUGGGGGGAACACUGCGAACGGUGCCGGCCGGGCAGCUUUGGUAACGCCACAGGCUCAGGCGGCUGCCGGCCCUGCCAGUGCAACGGGCAUGGGGACCCACGCCGAGGCCACUGUGACAACCUCAGCGGGCUCUGCUUCUGCCAGGACCACACUGAGGGCACCCACUGCCAGCUCUGCUCUCCUGGCUACUAUGGGGACCCCCGGGCUGGUGGCUCCUGCUUCCGGGAGUGUGGGGGUCGUGCCCUCCUCACCAACGUGUCCUCCGUGGCACUGGGCUCACGCCGGGUUGGGGGGCUACUGCCUCCAGGUGGUGGGGCAGCGAGAGCUGGGCCAGGCCUGUCCUAUUGUGUGUGGGUUGUCUCAGCCACCGAGGUGCUACAGCCCUGUGCCCCUGGGACCCUCUGUCCCCCACUUACCCUCACCUUCUCCCCCGACAGCAGCACCCCCUGCACGCUGAGCUAUGUCCUGGCCUUUGAUGGAUUCCCACGCUUCCUGGACACUGGUGUCGUCCAGUCGGACCGUAGCCUCAUUGCUGCCUUCUGCGGCCAGCGGCGGGACAGGCCCCUCACUGUGCAGGCCCUGUCUGGGCUGCUGGUGCUGCACUGGGAGGCCAACGGCUCCUCGUCCUGGGGCUUCAAUGCCUCCGUGGGCUCUGCCCGCUGUGGCUCAGGGGGCCCCGGGAGUUGCCCUGUCCCCCAGGAGUGUGUGCCCCAGGACGGGGCCGCAGAUGCUGGACUCUGCCGAUGUCCCCAGGGCUGGGCAGGCCCACACUGCCGCAUGGCUCUGUGUCCUGAGAACUGUAAUGCCCACAACGGGGCAGGGACCUGUAACCAGAGCCUGGGCGUGUGCAUCUGUGCUGAGGGCUUCGGGGGCCCUGACUGUGCCACAAAACUGGACGGUGGGCAGCUGGUCUGGGAGACCCUCAUGGACAGCCGCCUCUCAGCCGACACAGCUAGCCGCUUCCUGCACCGCCUGGGGCACACUAUGGUGGAGGGACCUGAGGCCACCUUGUGGAUGUUUGGGGGCCUGGGUCUGCCCCAGGGGCUGCUGGGAAACCUGUACAGGUACUCAGUGAGCGAAAGGCGGUGGACACAGAUGUUGGCAGGAGCUGAGGAUGGGGGCCCAGGCCCCUCACCCCGCUCCUUCCAUGCAGCUGCCUAUGUGCCUGCUGGCCGUGGUGCCAUGUACCUGUUGGGGGGGCUCACGGCUGGGGGCGUCGCCCGGGAUUUCUGGGUCCUCAACCUCACCACCCUGCAGUGGCGGCAGGAGAAGGCCCCGCAGACCGUGGAGCUGCCAGCAGUUGCUGGUCACACCCUUACUGCCCGCCGAGGCCUGUCUCUGCUCCUGGUGGGUGGUUACUCCCCUGAAAAUGGCUUCAACCAGCAGCUGCUUGAGUACCAGCUGGCAACCGGCACCUGGGUGUCCGGAGCCCAGAGCGGGACACCUCCCACAGGUCUAUAUGGUCAUUCCGCUGUGUAUCACGAGGCCACUGACUCCCUCUACGUGUUUGGGGGCUUCCGCUUCCACGUGGAGCUGGCGGCCCCAUCCCCUGAGCUCUACUCCCUGCACUGUCCCGACCGCACCUGGAGCCUGCUGGCCCCUUCUCAGGGGGCAAAGCCCCGCCCCCGACUUUUCCACGCCUCAGCCUUGCUAGGGGACACCAUGGUGGUCCUCGGGGGGCGCUCGGACCCUGACGAGUUCAGCAGCGAUGUUCUGCUCUACCAGGUCAACUGCAACACCUGGCUCCUGCCUGACCUCAUCCGCCCAGCCUCUGUGGGACCACCAAUGGAGGAGUCUGUGGCCCACGCUGUGGCGGCGGUAGGGGGUCGCCUGUAUAUCUCAGGAGGCUUUGGGGGAGUGGCCCUGGGCCGCCUGCUGGCCCUGACCCUGCCCCCUGACCCCUGUCACCUGCUGCCCUCGCCCGAAGCUUGUAACCAGUCUGGGGCCUGUACCUGGUGCCAUGGGGCCUGCCUGUCCGGGGACCAGGCCCAUAGGCUGGGCUGUGGUGGUCUCCCCUGCUCUCCAAUGCCCCACUCCCCCGAGGAAUGUCGACGUCUGCGGACCUGCAGUGAGUGCCUGGCCCGCCAUCCCCGGACCCUGCAGCCUGGAGAUGGAGAGGCAUCUGCCCCCCGCUGUAAGUGGUGUACCAACUGCCCUGAGGGUGCCUGCAUCGGGCGCAAUGGGUCCUGCACCUCGGAGAAUGACUGUCGCAUCAACCAGCGAGAGGUCUUCUGGGCUGGGAACUGCUCAGAGGCCGUGUGUGGGGCGGCCGACUGCAAGCAGUGCACAAGGGAGGGCAAGUGCAUGUGGACGCGGCAGUUCAAGAGGACUGGGGAGACCCGCCGCAUCCUCUCGGUGCAGCCCACCUAUGACUGGACGUGCUUCAGCCACUCUCUGCUGAACGUGUCCCCGAUGCCGGUGGAAUCAUCGCCCCCCCUGCCCUGCCCCACGCCCUGUCACCUCCUGCCCAACUGCACCUCCUGCCUGGACUCCAAGGGUGCAGACGGGGGCUGGCAGCACUGUGUCUGGAGCAGCAGCCUCCAACAGUGUCUGAGCCCCUCCUACCUGCCCCUGCGAUGUAUGGCUGGAGGCUGCGGGCGGCUGCUCCGAGGACCCGAGAGCUGCUCCCUGGGCUGUGCUCAGGCAACCCAGUGCGCCCUGUGCCUGCGGCGGCCCCACUGUGGCUGGUGUGCCUGGGGGGGCCAGGAUGGGGGUGGCCGCUGCCUGGAGGGUGGACUCAGCGGCCCCCGCGAUGGGCUGACAUGUGGGCGACCUGGGGCCUCCUGGGCCUUCCUGUCCUGCCCCCCUGAGGACGAGUGUGCAAACGGGCACCACGACUGCAACGAAACACAGAACUGCCAUGACCGGCCCCACGGUUACGAGUGCAGCUGCAAGACGGGCUACACCAUGGACAACGUGACGGGGCUGUGCCGCCCCGUGUGCGCCCAGGGCUGCGUGAACGGCUCAUGCGUGGAGCCCGACCACUGCCGCUGCCACUUCGGCUUUGUUGGCCACAACUGCUCCACGGAGUGUCGCUGCAACCGCCACAGCGAGUGCGCCGGUGUGGGGGCCCGCGACCACUGCCUGCUCUGCCACAAUCACACCAAGGGCAGCCACUGUGAGCAGUGCCUCCCGCUGUUCGUGGGUUCAGCUGUGGGGGGCGGGACCUGCCGGCCCUGCCACGCCUUUUGUCGGGGCAACAGCCAGGUCUGCGUCUCCAGGAAGGAGCUUGACAUGGCCAGGAGGGAGCCGGAGAAAUACUCGCUGGAUGCAGAUGAGAUCGAAAACUGGGUGACAGAGGGUCCUAGUGAAGACGAGGCCGUGUGUGUGAACUGCCAGAAUAAUAGCUAUGGGGACAAGUGCGAGAGCUGCCUCCACGGCUACUUCCUGCUCGACGGGAAGUGCACCAAAUGUCAGUGUAAUGGCCAUGCGGACACAUGUAACGAGCAGGACGGGACAGGCUGCCCGUGUCAGAACAACACAGAGACGGGCACGUGCCAGGGCAGCUCCCCCAGUGACCGCCGAGACUGCUACAAGUACCAGUGUGCCAAGUGCCGGGAGUCAUUCCACGGGAGCCCGCUGGGUGGCCAGCAGUGCUACCGCCUCAUCUCCGUGGAGCAGGAGUACUGCCUGGACCCCACGUCCCAGACCAACUGUUUCCAUGAGCCGAAGCGCCGCGCUCUGGGCCCCGGCCGCACUGUCCUCUUUGGCGUGCAGCCCAAGUUCACCAAUGUGGACAUCCGCCUGACGCUGGAUGUGACCUUUGGUGCCGUGGACCUCUACGUCUCCACCUCCUAUGACACCUUCGUGGUCCGUGUGGCCCCCGACACCGGUGUCCACACCGUGCACAUCCAGCCGCCACCGCCUCCCCCAGCCCCCCCACCCCCUGCUGACGGUGGGCCCCGGGGGGCUGGGGAUCUGGGGGGACCCGGGGCCGGAGGUGGGCCGGCCACCCCAGCAGAGCCACGAGUACAGGAGGUGUGGCCACGGGGCCUGAUCACCUACGUGACGGUGACAGAGCCAUCCGUGGUGCUGGUGGUCCGUGGCGUGCGGGACCGGCUGGUCAUCACCUACCCGCACGAGCACCACACCCUCAAGUCCAGCCGCUUCUACCUGCUCCUGCUGGGCGUGGGGGGCGCCGGGGGGCCCGGCGCGGCCGGCUCGCAGGGCCUGCUCUUCUUCCGGCAGGACCAGGCCCACAUCGACCUGUUUGUCUUCUUCUCCGUCUUCUUCUCCUGCUUCUUCCUCUUCCUGUCGCUCUGCGUGCUGCUCUGGAAGGCCAAGCAGGCCCUGGAUCAGCGGCGGGAACAGCGCCGGCACCUGCAGGAGAUGACCAAGAUGGCCAGCCGCCCCUUCGCCAAGGUCACCGUCUGCUUCCCGCCCGACCCUGCUGCCCCGGCCCCCGCCUGGAAGCCAGCCGGGCUCCCACCACCCGCCUUCCGCCGCUCGGAGCCCUUCUUGGCACCCUUGCUGCUGACGGGGGCCGGCGGGCCCUGGGGACCCGUGGGAGGGAGCUGCUGCCCACCAGCCAUCCCUGCCGCCACUGCCGGCCUGCGAGCCGGGCCUAUCACCCUCGAGCCCACCGAAGAUGGCAUGGCUGGCGUGGCCACCCUGUUGCUCCAGCUGCCUGGCGGGCCCCAUGCACCCAACGGCGCCUGCCUGGGGUCAGCCCUUGUCACUCUGCGGCACAGGCUGCAUGAGUACUGUGGGGGGAGCGGGGGUGCUGGGGGCGGUGGGCACGGGGCUGGUGCGGGCCGGAAGGGACUGCUGAGCCAGGACAACCUCACCAGCAUGUCUCUCUGA